UUUAACUAUAAAAUUACGUACCGCGCGGGGACGCUUAAUAGAGUAGUAGAUACUUUAAGUAGAAGGUCUAAUUUAUAUGAAGAGGGUUAUAAAGAACUAUAUAAUGCCUUACUUAAGAUAAUACCUAAUAGCAGUCUAAAGUAUAACUAG